AUGCCCGCCACUACUGCGGAAACGCUCUCCCUGGUGAACCGCAGCGUCUCGGUUGCGCCGCUCGUUCUGCUUUCAGUCGUCGACCACUACAACCGUACCCAAGCCAACAAGUCCAAGAGCAAGCGUGUCGUCGGCGUGCUAUUAGGCCAGAAUGAUGGAAAGAAUGUUCGCGUGUCCAACAGUUUCGCGGUUCCCUUCGAGGAGGACGACAAGGACCCCUCAGUCUGGUUCCUUGACCACAACUAUGUCGAGUCCAUGAACGACAUGUUCAAGAAGGUCAAUGCGCGCGAGAAGCUAAUAGGCUGGUACCAUUCCGGCCCCAAGCUACGGGCCUCCGAUCUCGACAUCAACGAACUGUUCAAGCGCUACACUCCCAACCCGCUUCUGGUUAUUGUCGAUGUUCAACCCAAGGAGACGGGUGUUCCCACAGAUGCCUACUUUGCCGUGGACGAGAUCAAGGAUGACGGCACCACCACAUCCAAGACCUUUGUCCACACUCCCUCCAUUAUCGAGGCCGAAGAGGCCGAGGAAAUCGGCGUCGAGCACCUCCUUCGCGACAUCCGUGACGUAGCCGUCGGCACACUAUCCACCCGCAUCACCAACCAGAUGCGCUCGCUGCAAGGCCUCCACCACCGCCUCCGCGACAUCCAAGCAUAUCUCCAAAAGGUUCUCGACGGUCAGCUGCCCGUAAACCACGCCAUUCUCGGCAACCUCCAGGACGUGUUCAACCUGCUCCCCAACCUCUCGACGCCCAAGUCCGGCCCAGGCGCUACUGGCAUCAACGCCGACAGCGAGCUCAGCCACGCCAUGAGCAUCAAGACCAAUGACCAGCUCAUGGCCAUCUACCUCAGCAGUCUGAUCCGCGCCAUCACUGCGUUCCACGACCUGAUCGAGAACAAGAUCCAGAACAGGCAGCAGCAGGAGGACAACGACGCCAAGAAGAAGGAAGGAGGAGAGAACGGCGAGAAGAAGGAGGGCGACAAGGACAAGAAGGAGGGUAGCCCGGUGGCGGCAAAUGGUGAAAGCAAGGAGAAGGAGAGCCCGAAAGAGAAGAAGAAAUAA